AAAGCUUAAAAAAAUUGUUGAAGAGGAUACAGAAUAUCUUAAUGAUGGUGAGAUAUGCAUCGGAAAAGCAUUAUCAGCAAGUAAAACCUUUAAAAGUAAUAUAAUAUUUCCUCCUGAAAUAAUUUUACAACAACAGUAUGAGCUAAAAUACCCCGAUAGAUCUGUAAAAGAAAUUGAGGAGGUAUCGGGAAAGAUUACCACAAAAGGUUCACUUGAUUUAUCAGCUUAUCCUGAUUUGGAAAAAUUCAUUGUUUUCAAUAACAUCACAAGCAUUAAUAUUAGUAAUAAUGAUAAACUUGAAAUUUUAGAACUGCCGUUUAGCGAAGUAAAGGAUAUUGAUUUAAGUAAUAAUCCUAAUUUAAAAAGACUUCAAUUAGGAAGUGAAAAUUUAAUUAGCUUAGCUAAAAAUUCACAAUUAAGAAAAAGUGAAUAUGCAAAUGAUAAAAUGAUACAAGAGAAUUGUUAA